UAUGUAAUUUGCAUAAUACAAUUUUUUUUGUUGUUUUUGCUUUUUCAGUACCUUGACAUUGGCGAAGAUUUAAAUGUACCUGAUGAUUUCACGCAAAGUGAAAUGCAGACCGGCAUGUGGUGGCGUCACCUGGCUGCAGGCGGUGUCGCGGGUGCAGUGUCGCGUACAUGCACAGCUCCAUUAGAUAGGAUAAAAGUGUUCUUGCAGGUUCAAACACAUAAAACCGGAAUCUCUGAUAGUUUAAGAUAUAUGCUGAACGAGGGCGGCAUCCGUAGUAUGUGGCGCGGCAAUGGCAUUAACGUUUUGAAAAUAGCGCCCGAGUCGGCAAUCAAAUUUGCGGCAUAUGAAAAGAUUAAGCGGCUCAUAAGGGGCGAUGAGAAGCGACAGAUGACGAUUGGCGAACGCUUCAUGGCGGGUGCAGCGGCGGGUGGUAUUUCACAAACUAUCAUCUAUCCAAUGGAAGUAUUAAAAACCCGGCUGGCAUUGCGCAAGACCGGUCAGUAUACCGGCAUUUUGGAUGCUGCGAAGAAGAUCUAUUUACUGGAGGGUGUACGAAGCUUUUAUCGUGGUUACAUUCCGAAUAUGUUGGGCAUUAUUCCUUACGCCGGCAUUGAUCUGGCAGUGUAUGAAACCUUGAAGAAAAAGUAUUUGAGCAGUCAUAAUACGGAGCAGCCAAGCUUUCUCGUUCUUUUGGCUUGCGGCAGUGCAUCUAGCACCUUGGGACAGGUGUGCUCCUAUCCAUUGGCUUUGGUACGGACACGACUUCAAGCGCAAGUUGUGACCAAAAAUAAGCAACCAUCAGUGGGCAUACCACUAAGACAAGCGGUUGCAAUCAACGACGACAACAUGUUUGGUGUCUUUCGCAAUCUACAUAAUGAGGGCAUAUUUGGUUUGUAUCGAGGCAUUACACCAAACUUUAUCAAAGUGCUUCCGGCAGUUUCCAUUAGCUAUGUGGUGUAUGAGUACUCAAGCCGUGCAUUGGGUGUGAAUAUGACGUGAUCGCUCUACCUUAGGAUCAAUAUGUUAACAUUUUAGUGGUCUUAUUAAAUGCCGUCGGCUCAGAAGCCCAUGUGAAUUGCUCUAGCACUUUAUUGUACUGUUGUACUUUUACUCCCAGUAACUCUGCCUAUAUUUAAAUGCUACAAUUGUGUGUAAUUCAUUUUCUUCGAUUUAGUAAUAUUGUAGUGAUAAUUUAGCAAAGAUGCUCCGCGUGA